ACUCGCGGGCAAAGUGGCGUCGGGUUCGCGCCUCGAGAACUUGUUUCCAAUUUUGUUUACAACGGCCGUUCUCGAAACCGCGAGUUAAGGGGCAUUAUAUGUUGACGGACUCUCGUCACGCGAACGAGCGGGUCGGUUAAGCCACGAGCUAAGCGGAAAUUGUUCGGAGAAAGGGUCGAGAAGCCGCGGGUAUGCGAAGGCUCAGCAUGAAAGGUAAGCGCAGAAAGUCCGAGAGUUCGAGUGAUGGCGACUCUGAGGAAAAUGGCGUCGGCUCGGGUGUCGCGCGCGGAUCGGAUCGGGACGUGACCAGCCCCGAGAACGACGCCGCCUCCGCCCCUGCCCCCACUCCGGUUUCCGCGCCUGCCGUCGAGACCGCGAAAAAACCCGCGAAAAAGCGAAACUCCCGCGCCAGGGGCAAACAACACGAAGACAAGCUCAACGAGUCGAACGGGGGUGAGGAGCAGCAGCAACGGAACUCGAAUAUCUCUGACGAGCAGGAGAACGGCAAACUGGCCGCGACCCCGGCACCCGGCAAGCGCCGCAAAAAGGACGAGCAGAAGGCUUCCACCUCUCAAAACAAAGUCACCAACGAGGAGGAGUAUGAGGUAGAAAAGGUGGUGGCAUACCGUACGAUUAAGGGAAGGCGUCAGUUCCUAGUACGGUGGAAGAAUUAUGGCGAGGAGGCGGACACUUGGGAGCAGGAGAAAGACCUUAAUUGUCCCGAGCUCAUAGAAGAAUUUUUGUCCCAGAAUGAGGAAACUAGUACUCCGGAGAAACCCGUUAAGACUGCGAAAGCUAAGCAACAACACCAGCAGCAGCGUAAGACCGAAAAGCCCAAAAAGUCGAAGAUUGUUUCAAAAAAAGACUUUAAAGAGGCCGAAGAAGAAGAAGACUCCGGAGACGAAAAGGGCAGCAAGGAAUUCGAAGUUGAGAAAAUCAUCGAGGUGCAUUUUAAGAAGAAUAAGUCCCGAGAGUUCCUCAUUAGAUGGAAAGGCUUUACAUCUGCUGACGAUACAUGGGAACCGGAAGAACAUCUGAACUGUCCUGAGUUAAUAGCCAAGUUCAUGGAGAAAGUAGAAAAGGCCAGAAAAGCUGAUAUCCGAGAACUCAGAACAAAUCCUGCGCAUACGAAACGCUAUACAUUGUCCACGCACGAGUCGGGGAGAAGACUGUCACGUCGCAACAUUGACAAACAAAGGGUCAUGUAUCAUGAGUGCGACGAAUGAGCAGACAUGAAAUAUCGGUUUAACCUUAAGGUCUUUACACCCAUAAACUGUAGUUACAUCUACCUAUGAAAGCAAGAGAGAUUGGGAGGGAGAAAGAGAGAGAGAGAGAGAAUGUAUCAUGACGAUAAUUAGAUACUGAAUACAAGUUUAUUCACUUUGUUAAGAAUCCUAUCGAUAAGAAUACAAGUUUAAGGGUAAGAUAAGAAGAAAAAAAUGUGCUGCGAGUUUCUCGAAUGGCGAUGGUAAAGUACAUUCGUCGUGUAGAUUUUUAUUCACUUGGCUAUGUUAACCUUAACAUGGCUCUCGUGAGACGUGUAAAAGGGCGAGGGUUCUAGUUGCCUUAGAAUUGCACUUGCAACCAGAAGUACCGCACGAAAUGAUUUUAAAGAGAAUCGGUUUAUAAAACGUUCUAUGCGAGUGACUCCGUAGUAGCGUGGUAUCAAGAUUUUUUUCUUCUUUUCUUAUUAAUUUCUUGAAGAUUUCAAUGGAAAGUCAAUAAUAAAUAUUCGCCCUUUCUUUUCGCUUUCGCCUUCGCGACUUGUAUCGCGACGCUCUAAAGUGCGAGUACAAGUCCCGGUGAUGUAUAUUACGAGGUACCUUUUUUUUUUUUUUUAUGUACAUUGCCUACUAUAGGAUUGUGUAAUUUUACGAGCCAUCGUAAUAUGCAAGCGUAUUACACGAUCGUAAAGGUACUACUGAAUGGGUGUAAUAAAACAUGUUUUCGUAAUUUUCUAAAAAUUUAAAUUUAUGCACAGAGAUUAUCGUUCGUUGUUAACACUUUAUUUGGAUUUACAUAGUGGCCGUAACCCUUUCGCGGAAUCGUGCAUAAAUCUCUGUGACAUUACGCUAAAUACUAGUGGUUAGAAACAUAACAAGAUGUGUCGCUAUUCCACAUGUUUACCUUCCUCGAAUCUGAGAAGAAUUUGUUAGAUUUUUGAAGAAACCUUGUUACAGGAAGAGGCAGUGCUCUGCAUAAUCCUAAGUUUCGACAAGGAAGUUUACACAAGAGGCGUGCCUAAUUUUGCAAGUAGAUUGGUUUUAUAUUUAUGUACGACAUACAUUUUGUUCCGUAGAAGCCGUUCUUUUUUCUAACGCUGCGUUUUCAUUUUUAUCCGAUUCGCCGAAUACGCUGUAAUUCGAAGUCACUCGUCUUCCUUGCUUUGCACGCAACUUUGUAGUAAUCGUUUUAUCCGUGUAGACAUUUAAGAGAAAUAAUUGCUGGUUUCUUUUUCUUUUUUGUUUUCCUUUAAAAUUUAUUUAGAAGCGGGGCGAUGCCUUGCAUUUAUUUUCACAUGUUAUUCCUUUUUUUGGCAUUGCGGUCGCAGUGGGCUCGAGCGUAAGAGCUAGUCGGAAUAAUGACUGUCGAUAAGGAAGAAACCUGCCGGUGAAAUCGUCUCGUAGAGUGUUUUCCGUCUUUGGUCCGCGACCGAUGAGAAGCCUCACCGGACUCGCUCUGUGAGACGGUUCCACGGUAGGUUGCACGUCGAAUGCUAACGCGUAUUAACUAGAUCCUUUAUCGUUACGGAGGGUUACAGCCUAAUUUGUAAUUGGCUGUAAAACAUAGGGUGGCCAAAGGAAAUCCUUCUCGACCCUCGCGUUUAUUUGCACGUCAGGAUAUAUCGUAAAUGACUCCCGUACAAGAUGCACACGUACGUACCGGAGAGUCGUCCUGCCUUUAGUGUAUGUGUACAUAUUGCAUAAAUAUGUAUCGUAUGUAAUGCUACGGUGUAAUUUAUAGUCGUAGAGACCGGACAGGAAAACUUACUAUCGAUUGUGCUCGAUUGCGAGAUAACGGUGUACGACGAGUUCUCCGUACUCUUGUACAAGUGCGAGAAAAUCGACCGUUUAAAUUUGGAAGGUGCUUUUAUCAUUUCCAAAGCAACGUGCAAGAAUUCGUUUGAUUUUCUCGAGGGUACGAAAUCGAAAGAAAUUUCUGGAAAAUUGUUACGCUUUGGCGUCAUCGGGAGACGUACAUUAUCUGCGCACUUGUACAAGCGUUGCGUAUACUUUGUCCUGAACAUUAUAUUGAGAUGUGCAUGCUAUAUCAUUUUUGUAUACAGUGAGAGCGACAGACGCCUGCGACCUACGGGCGAAAAAUAAAUUUAAUAAAGGAUUGAAUUAUAA